UUGAAGUUUAAAAUUUUGAUUACUUACUUGUCUUUUACUUUACUUUCAAUUUAUAACUUAUAUAAUUAAUUAAAAAGGUAUUUUAUUUGAAAAACAAUUCCUUAUUAUUGCAUUUUAUUACGUUUUGAAUAUGAGAGUUAUAAGAUGCCUCCAAUUCGAGGGGUGCUUAAUUAUUCACUAAGAAAUCAGCCAAAAUGAAUUGGUGUGAUACAUUGUUUAUACAAUUGAUAAAAUAAUAAGUACUAUGUGUACAGAAAUGAAAAUAAUCUUUUAACUACUUCAAGUACUCAAAUUGUCAAAAAAAUUCCCCUACUCUAUGUCUCUACAAUCUACAUAAUAUCAUGAGUGUGGACCAACCAGAAUUUGAAAUAAAGGAUGAAAGUCAUCAUUCUAUUCAAAAUGAAAAUGAUAUUUAUUUUGAUAUUCCUCUUAUAAGUUGUAUAAAAGAAGAAGUUACUUCACAUGAUGACAGUGAUCAUCUUUUUCCUAUUGUUGAAAAUAUUAAUAAUUCUGUCCUAAAGAUGGAAAAAUAUACAGAAGAAAACUGUAAGAUUAAAACUGAAAUUAAUGUAAUAAAUAAACUAGAAACAUAUAGUUUCUUAAAAGAAGAACCUGAAGACUUAGAUAAUAGUUUUCAACCAUAUGUUACUGUUCCAAAAAAUGAAGCUGAUAAAUUUAAAUUAGAACUAGAAUACAAUGAUAAAACUAUCAUAAUUGAAAAAGAAACAAUUGGAGAUACAGUAUUUGAAAGUGAAAUUGUUAUUGAAAAAAGUGGAAUACAAUCUACUUUAAACAAAGAAAAAUUGAAUGCUGGUUAUUAUUCCAAUUUUACUGAUUUUCCUAGAACAAAUUAUGAAGAUUUUGUUGAUUGCAAUAAUAAAACUCAUCAAAACAAGUGUAAAAGUGAAAAGCACUUCUAUAUUUGUGAUUUAUGUCAUCAAUCAUUCAUCAAUAAACAAUUACUCAUUAUUCAUAUGAGAUAUCAUUUUACCAACAAUGAUAACUACCCAAAUAAAAAUUCCAAAAGGGUUUGUUCAAAAAAUACUGAUUGUAAACAAUUGAAAAAACAUAAAAAAAAUAAAACAUUUUUAUGUACGAUUUGCGGCAAACAAUUCAAUGAUCAGUCCAAUUGUCGAAGACAUACAUUAAAUCAUAAUCAACAUAAUUCAAAACAAUUCAAAUGUAACUUUUGUGAGAAAAAAUUUACUACUGAAUACAAUCUUCAUGUUCAUAUUCGAUUACACACUGGUGAAUCUCCAUAUAAAUGUGAUAUAUGCCAUUCAACAUUUUAUCGUAACGACAUUAUGUUAACACAUAGAAGGAUUCAUGAAGAAAAUCAGAAAACAUAUGAUUGUAAAGAUUGUCACAAACAGUUUUUACAUAACAACUCUUUAUUGCGUCAUUUAAAGAUACAUCAAGUGGAAARUAUGUAUUCGUGCUGUCAUUGUCAACGAUCAUAUCCACGGAAAGAUUCACUUAUUGUUCAUUUGAGGUCAAGACAUACUGGUGAGAAGCCAUAUCAAUGUUACAUUUGUAAGAAAGAUUUUUUUGAAAAUAAUGUCCUUGUACGCCAUAUGAUAACUCACAAAAAAGGUGAAUGCAGAAUGGGAUUUAAAAACUUAAUAGUAGUUGCAUUCAUCACAGUAAGUAUAUUUGCAAUUAUAACAGAUGUCAGUGGUAAACGUGGAAGAGGGAGAAGUAGAUCAAAAAGCAGAGUACAGAUUGGAUUACCUAUAACUGGAAAAUACAGAGACCCAGAAUCUGAUCAAUAUUACAAUCAUAAUGAUGGGGCAAAAAUUGUCAUGGCAUCACAUUUUGAUUAUGAAUAUGUACUUGGGCACAAAAUAGUGUUUGUUUGUGUAGCCAGAGGAAAUCCGAGGCCUCAAAUCACUUGGUAUAAAGAUGGAACUGAAUUGUAUUAUCAUUACAAUCACCAUGUUCAUGAAUGGAAUAUUGGUGAAGAUAGCCUUAAAUCUAAAUUGGAAAUUGAUCCAGGAACACAAAUGGAUGCUGGUGUAUACGAGUGUUCAGCUGACAAUAAAUACAGUAUAGAUCGUAGAAGUUUUAAGACAGAUUUCAGUAUAGCAUUUGAAUCAUAAUGAAAAAUAAUAAUUAUCGGUGUGYSUCUUUAAUAAAAUACAUUUUUCUU